ACAAUGGAACGUCCAGAAAAGAAAAAGAGAAGUGUGACAUUGAUCAGAGAUCACUCCAAAGAAUAUCUAUCAAAUUUAACAGUUGAGUUCGGUCACUUUGGUAGAGCUAUUGGACCUAACCGCUUUAAGUUCACCAGUUAUCGUGGAGUGACUACGAGGAAGAUGAUUUCUAUCCUGAUAGAUAGUUGGGAUUUAGUGGAUCAAUGUGACAAAGAUCAAUUGUGGUUAAACAUAAAGAAUUAUUGGCAUAUACGAGAUGAUGAUCAUAAAGCACAAGUACAUAGAGAUUGCAACAUGCAUUGGAAGGCCUACAAGUCGGAGCUUCUUAAGUUGUGGGACAAUGAUGUCAAUCCAGUAAAAAAAUACCCGUACCUUGACAAAGCAAUGUGGAAAAAUUUCCUUGUUCUAAAAUCCACAGAAGAAUUUGAGAACAUUUGGAAGGACAAAAAACCAUUUUCUAGUGAGGAAUUGGAGGAACGUGUUAAAACAUGGAUGAGAACUUUUGGUGAUAAAGUGAAGCCUUUUUGUAAGGCAUACAAUGAAUCAACCACAAAGGGGAAAGAGAGGUUAGAGGUGACAAAGGGGAAAGAGAGAUUAGAGAUGUGACAUUAACAAAUUUUUUUCUGUUUAAUGAACUAAGUUCAUUGUAAUUUUUUUUUUCUAUUUCUGAAAAUGAAAACAUGAUCAGUGAUGUCCCACUUCUUAUGGUUGGAAUGGAAUCAUAUAGUAGGUUUGUAUUUUGUA